AGUAGUUAAAUUUAAUUUAGUUUAAUUUACUUUGGUUGGAAUUGUCAAAUAUGAGAAAAGUCUGAUAAUGGAGGAAAAUAAAGAAAGUGAAUCUGAAGAUAGUGAAGACUCAAUUAAACUCUCCGAUUCUAUUUUGAUGUUUCGGAAUAGAAAAAUUUCAAACCAUGGUGACGUAUAUGAAGGAGAAAUAUCGAGUGCAACUUAUGGAACUCGUCCGAUUGCAAUAAAAUUUGUUGAAUACAACAAACAAAGUGCGGAAGAGGCAAAAAUUCUUUAUCGACUGAACCCUCACACUCAUGUAGUCUCUGUGAUUCAUUCAGAUGAAUACCAACAAGGUCCAAUGAAGUAUAUGUACAUUGCAAUGGACAAAUAUAACCAAGAUAACUUGAGAGGUUUUGUGGAAAAUCGAAAGAAAGCCGAAAUCCCGUUCGAUCCUGAACUUGCACUUGAUUUUGCGAAACAGUUAUUUGCUGGAAUUUUAUACAUCCAUGAUAAAUUAGUGGUGCACAAAGAUCUCAAGCCCGAUAAUGUAUUUUUAUCCCUGGAUCAAAAAGUUGUCAAAAUUGGUGAUUUUGGCAUAAGUGAAGUCAUCGAGUCAAAGACACAAACAGUUUACACUAAAAAAGGCCUCGGUACUGACGGUUACAGACCCCCUGAAUCAUUUGUGCCUGGAUUUCCAACUUCCCAAAAAACUGACAUAUAUUCACUGGCUGUCAUUGUUUACUAUGUAUGGAGUGACGGUAAACAUCCCUUUGGUGACGAAAGGGAUCUAUGGAAUCAUUUCAUGAAAAACCAUAAAAAUCUGGACCUGGAUGGACUUUUAGUUCCAGAAAAAGAAGUUGCAAAAGAUUUACUGGAAUGGAUGCUGCAGUUUGUUCCUCGUAAACGUCCAAUGAUAAACGAGGUUUUUUCUCAUAAAUAUAUGGCUCCACCGAAUGUAAAAGGUUUACUAUUCCGAGAUCUACAGGAAGAAUCUGCACCUGGCGAGUCUCAAACAAGCAUCAAAGACGAACUUUUGCUUCCACAUUUUAAAAAUGGAACUUUCAAAUCAGAUUUGCCAACAAAAAAGAAAACUAAAAGUCAUUCUUCACAAGUUGCAACUUCAUUAUCAAAGCUUGUUAAUAAUUUCCACUUUGCAAAAUAUCUUGAAGCCAAAGAAAAGAAUAGAAAGGCAGCUUUGACCUCAAAAAAUCGCAUACAACUCACUGAUGACAUCUUGUGGUAUAAAGACAAUGUGGUUCAAAAAGGAUUGGAUUUCACAGUUUAUGAAGGUCAACGGAAACUUCCAAAUUCAGUUACAGAACCCUUAGCAAUAUGGGUGUAUUCUUUGCGGAAUGAAGACUUUCUACACGAACUAAAAGCUCUUCAGCAACUUCCACCUCAUUCAAACGUAAUCUCUGUUAUUGCUAGUGGUCGUUUGAAUGAAACAAGUCAAAUUUUUGUUGCUACUGAAAGAUGCCAGUUCCAAACUCUUGAUGAUUAUUAUGAGGAGAGAAAGGAAAACAAAAUUCAUUUUGAUCCUAGACUUGCUCUCAUACAUGCAAAACAGUUAGUUAGUGGUCUACAACAUUUGCAUAAACAUAAUAUUGCUCAUGGAAUAUUUAAAACCAAUGUUCUGUUUUCACUUGACAUGCAAAAUGUGAAAAUUAGUUUUAUUAAAGAUUUUUCAACUUUUUUCAUAUUUAAUCCCAGCUUCAAAGAUGAUAUUACCUCCUUGGGUUACAUCUUGUACAGAUUGUGGUCUAAUAAACAGUGGGCUAAAGGGCUAAUCUUAGAUUCUACAGUAGCUAUUGAUCCAAGUGCUUUACUGAUUCCUAACACUCACUUGGCCUUUGAUUUGAUCACAAGAAUGACAUACGAUGAUGAAGACCAACGACCAACAAUUCAGCAGGUUGUUGAUCAUGAAUUCUGGAAAAGUAUCAACAUUUAAAUUUCUUUUCAAUAUUUGUUUGU